ACAGCUUGAACUCGAAGCUCGGCGCGUGAGGCGUUCACGGGUGUCACAACGAUGCACGGAGCUCCAGUAGAUUUAUCUUUUAGAAAUAUCUUCAAAUUGACAGACGCAUUAACAGUGGAGCCCAGGAGCAGUCUGAGGCCUGUAAAGAGAAAUCCAGAGAGGAAGUACAUGAGCUGUUCUCUCCGUCUUAAUAACAACAGCAUCACUGAAGUGCACGACCUCCAGAACACCGUGAGCCACUUCCUGGCUGAACCCUCACACCUCGCCUGGCUCGACCUUUCCUUUAACAAAAUCCUACAUAUAGACCAGGUUUUGUGCGAGCUGCGUGCGCUCCGUGUAUUAUAUCUCCAUGGGAACAACAUUUUCAUUCUGUCAGAGGUGGACAGGCUGGGAGUGCUGCCGCAUCUUCACUCCAUCACUCUGCAUGGAAACCCCAUCGAGACAAACGCGGCUUACAGGAGUCGUGUGAUUUCUGCUUUGCCCCAGUUGAAGACGGUGGACUUCAGCGCCGUGACACGACAGGAGCGGGUUCUGGCAAAGUUCUGGCAUCAAGGAAACAGCCGCAGCAGAAAGCAAGGACGGAGUCCAGUCCUGUGA